GUAGUGAUUGCAUAAUUAUGUCAUAUCAGGAAUGUGUAUUGACUAUUGGAGUGCUCAGGGAGAAAUUUUAGGACAUGUAGCUCCCUCCUACUCUGCUGAACGGGAGCAGUAGCGGCUAGAAACGGAUCGACGCCGUGACCAGUGGCGUGCACUCGUUCGAGCGGCGCGUGGUAAUCCAUCCAAACAAGUAACAGUUCGAGGCAAGAAGUAACAGCUUAGCACUUUGCAACUCAGUCUUGUUAUCGAUACUAGCGUACUAGUAAACGGUACGUCUCCUGGGUCCUGACGUGACGUUCUAUUCAGUAUUCGGCCGCUGUAACGGUUAUUAGCAAAGUGGGCUAAGCCUGAAGCAAUGGCCGAAAACGGGGACAACAGCAGCAGCUGUAUGGCCGGCGCGGAAGCCGUGCGACCUGGCUUCGCUGUGCACUUCUCCAAGGGUGACAUCAUCGGAGAGGAGGUCGACGCGCUGGUCAUUUCCGUCCUGGCCAACUCGCACCAGCUGAAGGGGAACCUGGCGUUGGGCGUGGUGCGCGCGGCCGGAAACGACGUAUACGACUGCAUUGACCGGCACCUGUCGCAGCAGUGGAUCUUACCCAACGCCGUGGAACACUUCCCGGCCGGCCACCGCUUGCCGCACGCCAAGCACCUGCUGCUCGUCGGCCUGCUGAAGGACAUGGCGUUCAGUCUGCAGGACGCCGUCUAUCACGCCCUGGUGCGCGCCAACGACCUACGCUGCACGUCCGUAGCGCUGCCCGCGAUCGGCUGCGGUGGGUUCGGCUACUCGGUGCGUCAGAGCGCCGACAGCAUCGUCGAUGCCAUCCAGGUCUUCCAGUCGACGUUCGGACAGACGAUGACGAUACGUAAGGUGCACCUCUGCGCAGUGACGUCUGAGACUCAGCGGAACUUCCGGCGUGCGCUAAAAGCCUCCGACCUGACCGUGGUGUGAUCGUGAACGCCCAGGCCACAGUCACGGUUGCCAUGGUGGGGGCUUCAGCGCUCUGCUACCGUAAUGCAUGGACACUGAGCAAAAGGCCACAGUCACGAUUGCCAUGGUGGAGGCUUCAGCGCUCUGCUACCGUAAUGCGUGGACAGCAAAAAGGCUAGCCGUCCCGUUUGCAGCACUGCACUCGCAGUCAUGACUGCCGUGGUCAGGGAGGAUUCAGCACUCUGGCAGGGGCGUCACGCACCGUAUAGCCAGUAUACCCAUGGUCGUGCUACUUUCCGUGCACGAUGGUCCGCCCAGAGUGCCUGUUGGGUGCUAAAACGUGCCCUGUUGGCCGAAAAAUUCGACCUCCGAUCCCCCCACCCCCGACCCCUGGUCGUAGCUCACCCCACUGCCCUGUGACACCCCUGCAUGGACAGCAAAGGGCUUGUAGCUGUCCCGUUUUCAGCACUACGUCGGCUCACAGCAUGAUCCUGUGCACUUGAAGGCGCUCUGCACUGCCAAAGCCGGUCCAACUUCACGCGGCUAUUCUCCCAUAUAUUCACUUUCCUCCAUUCAAGCUCCAUUUGCACAACUCCAUCCUGACUGAGUUAAUGCAGCCGGCGGCUUUUCCCGCAGCUUGAUUCCAACGGCUAUAGCAUGCGAUGGUCGUAACGUAUGGCAUUACGGGUUUCGGAAACCGGCUUGUGCAUGUGUGCACGCAAAGUGUGUGUGUGUGUGUGUGUGUGUGUGUGUGUGUGUGUGUGUGUGUGUGUGUGUGUGUGUGUGUGUCUGUGUGUCUGUGUGUGUGUGUGUGAGCGUGUGAGUGUGGGGCCGGCCUAGUGACAAUCAUAGUGUUUUUGAUUUAGGGACGGCUGAUGCAAUAAUUAAUUUUGUACAUGUUGAGCUUCCUGGUUUAUCAUGAUUGGUAAAAUAUUUUGCAGAAUCUUAUCAUUAUGAUGAUGCUGAUGUUCCGCGGCAGUUUCCACGGCAUAGGAAUAGCUGUUGUAGUAGAGUUUCCGUUGACACUGGCUGACAUUCAACGCCUGCAUGCAUUCCACACAGAGAUAUUUGCACACUGCAGGCACAGUGAACUCAGUGAAAUGAUUUUCGGCCGUCAAUCAUGUCUGCCUGGUCGUUGCGCUUGUAGAGACAUGAGUUAUACUUGCGGCAAUUUGA